AUAGAUCAAAGACAGUAACCUUCCAGACUGGAAAAGGAAAAGAAGUACAAAGACACCCAUGCUUCUUAUAGUUCACCAAAAUGACCAAGCUCGAUGUUACAGUGGAAGAAACAGUUUUUGCAACAGACAAGGACCUGUUGAUGGAGCACAGUGAAUAUUUCCGUGCUCUCUUCCAAUCUGGAAUGAGGGAAAGCACCCAGGAUGAAAUUCAGCUUCACAACUUGGGUGCAAUAGGUUUUCUGAUUACUCUCAGGGUAAUUGCAGGAGAGAGGCCUCUCUUGAGCUGUGAAGAAAUCUUGCAAGCAGUGGAGUGUGCGGCCUUCCUACAAGUUGAGCUCCUUAGCAAGCACUUGGUCAACCUGAUUGAUUUAGACAAUUGUCUAGUAAUGUAUGAAGCUGCUGCCACCUAUGGACUACUAGACCUGUUCCAUGCUGCGGCCUUGUACAUUAGAGAUAUUUAUGAACAGUUGGAGGAGGAUAUAAACUGCCUGCCUGCUGAGCUUGUUCAGUAUGUGGAUUCACUUAUUCCCAGCACUUUUGUGGCAGUAGGGGCCCAUACUCCUACCCUGGAGUUCCUUGAUGACACCUCACGGACAAUGUGCUUUCUAAAUGAGCAGGAGGACCGAUGGGAGAGUCUAGGCUGUAUUCCAGACAAUGCCAGCACUUUUCUUGCUGGUGUUGCCACAUUAAACAAUAAACUUUUUGUUGUGGGUGGUGCUCGGGGAGCAAACAAACAAGUAGUGGAGAGAAGUUUCUGCUAUGAUGCAGACAACCACAGCUGGAGUGAGUUUGCUAGUCCUCAUCAGCUUCGUUAUGAGGUGACGCUAGUAGGACAUGAGGGUCAUCUAUAUGCCUUAGGAGGGGAAUAUGAGAGAGUUCCUUUGGUUUCUGUGGAGAAAUACUCUCUAUCGUCCCAGAUGUGGAGUUUUGGCAAAGAGUUACCUCAACCGAUAGCAGGCCCACCUGCUGCCAAAGCUAUGGGAAGGAUCUUCAUUUGUCUCUGGAAGCCUCAAGACACCACCAUCAUUUAUGAAUAUGAUACAGGGAAGGAUGACCUAAUUCCUGUAUCUUCAAUAAGACGAACACAGAGCUAUGGCCAUUGCAUGGUGGGACACAGAGACAACCUGUAUGUCAUGAGAAAUGGCCCAUCUGAUGACUUCUUACGAUGCAUACUGGAGAACUUUAACCUCAGCACACAGCAGUGGACAACCCUUUCUGGGCAAUACGUUAACAGCAAAGGAGCCCUGUUCACAGCUGUGAUACGGGGAGACACGGUUUUUACCCUGAACAGGAUUCACACUUACCUCUUCAAGGUAGAUGCUCACAGCUGGAGACUCAUAAAGGAAAAGGCUGGAUUCAACAAAGGAGGAUUUAUGCAUACAUUCUUCCUGAGACUACCCACAAAGACGAAGCUAAUGGGCAGCAAAUUAUACAAGAACCCUCACCAGAGUUUCUUAUAACUGUGCACCA